UAUGUUGUUCAAAAAUCAAAAUAACGUUGCUUAUAAGUGUUAAAAUUAAUAUCUUUCGAGUAUUGUGUUCUACGUUGUUGAUGAAAUAACAUAUAAUAUAACACAGCACGUUAGUAUGAAAUGGAAAUGCGCAAAAAAAAGGGCGAUCGACUCGAUUCAGAAAUUUGCCGGAACACUAUUUGGCGCUUAGCAACAUAUAGUCGCCUAACAGUGGUGCUGCUGCAGUAUAUUUUUAACAUUCUCAUUGCAGAUCACAACGCUGAAGGCGUAUUUAUAUCGCCUAUAUUAAGGCAUGAAGAUACUACAGCUGUUGGUUGUGUGAUUACCCAUUUACUGGGUGGUUUUCUCCGCUGGGACGCUCAGUAUUUUUUACAUAUAUUCAAAUAUGGCUAUACUUAUGAAAACACAUUGGCGUUUUUUCCAUUUUACCCGUACACGGUCCGAUUAUUAACAUCUUACGUUCCUGGUAAUUCUGUUACAGUCUUCCUUGUUGCAGGUGUUGUCCUGAACAAUAUUAUAUUUAUCGUCACUGCUGUCAUUCUAUUUGAUUUGACAUUGAGCAUGCACAGAAAUGCAGUAUUUGCCUAUAAUUCAGCAGUAUUAUUUUGUUUAAAUCCAGCAAGCAUUUUUUUCUCGGCCCCUUAUUCGGAAUCGUUAUUUGCAUUUGCCACAUUUCAUGGGAUGUACAGUAUUUUAAACGAUCAAAUCUGCAGAGCGUCAAUGUUUUUUGGCAUUUCUGCCAUGACUAGAUCGAACGGUAUUCUUAACGUCGGUUUCUUUCUUUACAUAAUGAUCCAUUCUGCUGUAAAAAAAAAUAAGAUAAUGCUAAAAGGAUUUUUAGGUCUUUGUUUUGUCUUGCUUUGUUUUUCGUUUUUUCAAAUAUAUUCGUACUAUAAAUACUGCAUUUCACAGGAACCCAUACAGGAUAUUGAUGUAAUCGAAUUUGCCAAUAAAAAUAAUCUCCUGAUGCCAAAUAACCAGACAAUGUUAUCGUGGUGUGGCAACCGCUUGGCGUAUUCAUAUGUUCAAGAUAAAUAUUGGAAUGUCGGUUUUUUGCGAUACUUCCAAAUUAAGCAAAUUCCUAAUUUUAUUCUAGCUUCUCCUUGCAUAUUUGUAAUACUCAAUUUUGGAUUUAAAUACUUCUUAAACAAUGUUCAUGCCUUGAUAAACUUAGGUAAAGGCAAACCGGAAUUUCCUUAUAUAGUACAUGCGGUAUUCUUGACAAUAUUUUGUUUGUUUUUUAUACAUGUUCAAGUCACCACUAGGAUGUUAGCGUCGUCUAGUCCUGUUUUAUAUUGGGCGAGUGCAUAUUAUUUCAAAUUUCCCAUUUUUUUAAAACGAAAACUCGCCUUUAGUUGUAUAUUUAAUGAUAAAAACUCGAGCUUUAUUUUUUUGUACUUUAUUUCAUAUUUUCUUUUUGGUACUAUUCUUUUUGUUAAUUUUUUACCAUUUACAUAAAAAAACAUUUAUUUAAUAAUAUAUAUAUUAAUUUGGUUCUCUGUUAUAAAUUACAUUUACAUAUUGUUGUUACUAUAAAUUAAUUUGAUCUCGAUAAAAUUAUAAUUAUAUGUAUUUUUAUAAUAUUUUAAUAAAUGAUAUUUUAAAUGUUUUA